AUUUUUCAGAUUCUUGUUUUGCUGAUUCGCUAUGGUUCUGGGAGAAAUUACUGGUCAACUUGAAAAUGUUUCGCUUCGAGAAACUACUUCUAAAAAUGCUACCGUUGUCACGUCCAAAACAGAUCACAGCAAGUAUAUUGAAGCCGAGCCUCUUUUGAGAGAAAACCCGCGAAAGUAUGUCAUGUUCCCUAUCGAAUAUCCAGAUAUCUGGCAAAUGUACAAAAAAGCUGUAGCUAGUUUUUGGACUGUUGAAGAGGUUGAUCUAUCGAAGGACAUGGAUGACUGGGAAAAGUUGAAGCCAAAUGAACAUCAUUUCAUCAAACAUGUUUUGGCUUUCUUUGCUGCCAGUGAUGGAAUUGUGAAUGAAAAUCUUGUUGAGCGAUUUGGCCAGGAAGUUCAGAUCCCAGAGGCAAGGAGUUUCUAUGGGUUCCAAGUUGCCAUUGAGAAUAUUCACUCUGAGAUGUAUUCUCUGUUGAUUGACACAUACAUCAGAGAUCCUAAAGAGCGCGAUUAUCUGUUCAAUGCCUUGGAAAACAUGCCCGCAGUCAAGAAGAAAGCAGACUGGGCACUAAACUGGAUUAAUAGUGAUGAUGCAACUUACGGAGAAAGGAUAGUUGCCUUUGCGUCCGUGGAGGGGAUCUUUUUCUCAGGUUCAUUUGCAGCAAUUUUCUGGCUGAAAAAGAGGGGUGUCAUGCCAGGAUUAACUUUUUCGAACGAGUUGAUCAGCCGUGACGAGGGGCUGCAUACUGAUUUUGCCUGUUUGAUGUUCAAGCAUCUGGUUAAUAAGCCGUCGGAAGCCAGGAUCAAGGAAAUCAUAAAGGAUGCUGUAAAAAUCGAACAAGAGUUUUUGACAGAUGCACUUCCGGUUAACCUCAUUGGAAUGAAUGGAAAUUUGAUGUGUGAGUACAUCGAGUUUGUCGCUGACCGACUUUUGGUUGAGUUGAACUGUGAAAAGAUUUGGAACCGGGAGAACCCGUUUCCUUUUAUGGACAUGAUCAACCUGGAAGGCAAAACCAACUUCUUCGAGAAGAGAGUCGGUGAAUAUCAGAAGGCGGGUGUGAUGAACUCAGUGGGAAGCUCAUCGAAGAAACAAUUUGUGUUCAGCGUCGAUGAAGACUUCUAAUCUAUACAAAAUGAACAUCAUGACAACGAUGCUUGUAAUUUGUUUUUCGUGCAAUCUAACCGGUGUCUUCUAUUUAGCAAUAUGAUAGUGUGCAAUGUUUGUUUGAUUCUUGAGUUCAGUUUGUUUUAAUUUGUCGAUAGUAAACCCUAAACUAAGAAGACAGUACUGUUUAUGAGAAUACCUACAAUUGACUUUUAGUGGCUGG